CUUUGCAUUUGUCUGAGGUACCUGUCAACUGGAGACUCAUACAGGUCCAUAGCCUUCAGCUACAGGGUGGGGUUCUGCACUGUGGCGAGGAUCGUGAAGAGUGUGUGUUAGGCCAUAUGGCAGUGUAUGGUCUCCACAUACAUGCCUGUGCCAGGGGCAGAGGACUGGAGGAAGAUAGCGGGGGACUACGAGAAGCUGGCGGACUUCCCCAACUGCCUCUGCGCCAUAGACGGCAAACAUGUGGUAAUCCAGGCCCCACCGUCUACUGGCAGCCAGUACUUUAAUUAUAAGGGGGCAUUCUCCAUCGUCCUUCUGGCGGUGGUGGAUGCCCGCUAUAGAUUUAGGGUCGUGGAUGUGGGGGCCUACGGCUGGAGCAGUGAUGGAGGCACGCUCUCGUCUUCGGCCUUUGGCACUGCUCUGCGGCUGGGGAACCUGGACCUUCCACCUGAUCGACCCCUACCUGGAGCAGACCAUCUGGGACCCCAGCCGCAUGUAUUCAUUGGGGAUGAAGCUUUUCCUCUGCCGAGGAACUUCCUGCGGCCCUAUCCUAGCCAAAACCUGGGGGGAGAGCGGAGGAUCUUCAAUUUUCGGCUGUCCCAUGCCCGGAGGAUUGUGGAGUGCGCCUUUGGCAUCCUCGCCAACCAGUGGAGGCUCUACAGGAGGGUUCUCGGCGUGUCGCCAGAAGUUGCAGAGAGCGCCGUGAAAGCCACCUGUAUUCUGAUGGUGAGGGAGAGGAUGGCCCCCGCACUCCAACUGUGCCAUCACAGGGUGCAGUGCAGAGCAUCCCCAGGGUCGGCAGCAACAAUGCCUCCAGGGAAGCGGUCGCAGUGA